AUGGAAGAUAUAUUUCAGUGGUGUAGGGAAGGAAAUGCCUUGCAGGUGCGAGUUUGGCUGGAUGAUACGGAGCAUGAUAUGAACCAAGGAGAUGACCAUGGCUUCAGUCCAUUGCACUGGGCCUGCAAGGAGGGUCACAUUAAAAUAGUUGAGAUGCUCAUUAAAAGAGGUGCAAGAAUAAAUGUCACCAACAUGGGUGAUGAUACACCACUGCACUUAGCUGCCGCACAUGGACACAGGCCUAUUGUUCAACUGCUACUUCAAAACAGAGUGGAUGUGAAUUUUACAAAUGAACAUGGUAACUCUCCAUUACAUUAUGCGUGUUUUUGGGGAUACAAUGCCAUUGCAGAAGAUCUGGUACUUGCCGGGGCUCUUGUAUCUCUAGCAAACAAGGAUGGCGACACUCCUUUAGAUAAGACGAGAGGGCAACUUGUGCAGAGAUUGCACGAAAUGGCCGUUAAUCAGGGACAAGAUCUGAAGAAGAUUCAGUUUAAGGAUCAGUCUUGGCUCGGUCUGAAGACUAGAAGUCGUGAUGCUACUCUAUCCCGCCAUAAAGGCAUCAAUAUUAAUGAACUGGCAUUACAUACUAGAAUUGCUGUAACACCAUCAGGUGAAACUUGGCGCGGCCGGUGGCAAAAGAACGAUAUAGUAGCAAAGAUUAUUGCAGUACGUGAAUGCACUCCACGCAUACAACGAGAUUUCAAUGAGGAGUUUCCAAAACUGAGGAUAUUUUCACAUCCUAAUAUAUUACCCGUGGUGGGAUGCUGCGUGUCGCCGCCGUCGCUGGUGGUGAUCUCGCAGUACAUGUCGUGGGGCUCGCUGCACGCGCUGCUGCACGGCGGCGCGGGCGGGCGCGUGGUGGUGGACGCCGGCGCGGCCGUGCGCCUGGCGCGGGACGUGGCGGCCGGCCUGCGCUACCUGCACUCGCUGCAGCGCGACCGCGUGCUGCCCACCUACCACCUGAACAGCAAGCACAUCAUGAUUGACGAAGACCUAACAGCGCGCAUCAAUAUGGCGGAUGCCAAGUUUUCUUUCCAAGAAAAGGGACGCAUUUACUCUCCAGCUUGGAUGGCACCUGAAGCUCUACUGAAACCGAGCGCUAAGAGAAACUGGGAAGCGGCUGAUAUGUGGAGCUUUGCAGUGCUUUUGUGGGAGUUGGCUACUAGAGAGAUUCCAUUUGCCGAUCUUUCACCAAUGGAGUGUGGAAUGAAGAUAGCGUUGGAAGGCCUUAGGAUCACAAUCCCCCCUGGUAUCUCCCCCCAUAUUUCCAAACUCAUUAAGAUAUGUAUGAACGAAGACCCCGGUAAACGACCAUCAUUUGAAAUGAUACUACCCAUUCUUGAGAAAAUGAAACGUUGAAACUAAUAAUUGGUCAUAUUAAAAAUACCUAUUUAACUCAAUACGAUAAAAUUAAUUUGCUUUAAAUGUUUUGUUGUAUGUACGGUUGUUGUUACUUUUUAAUUAAUAUAGAGUAAAAUAUUUUAAAUAAAUAA